GUGCGAGGUCAAACCUAAAGAUUUAUAACGUUAAUCACUUAAUGAAUCUAUCUUUCCCGCUUCCCAGCUAGGCUUGAUCGGGGCACCUACUGUCCAUCAUGACCGUGUCUCGGUCCAAGGUCCGGGUCGGACCCCGAGAAGGGUUCGUGGCCCUGGACUCACCCUGGAGCUGGGUGGUGAGCGUGGCCUCCGCCUGGAUCGACUUCUGGUCGUACGUGCUGUUCCGCAGCAGCGGCGUCCUCUUCGUUGCCGUGGUCAGCGUCAUGAGUGUGAGCCGUGGGCAGGCCUCCUGGCCCUUCAGCCUGGUCAACACUCUUUACCAGCUCAUGGGGCCAAUCACGGGUGUUCUAAUCAUGAAGGGCUAUAUCAAAAGCAUCUCUAUCUUGGGAACAUUUCUGAGUGUGGCUGCUGCAUUUCUGUGUUUUGUGAAGUUCGACUACACUUCUCUGCUUGUCUUCAUCCCGUUGGCAGGAAUAGGGCAAGGUCUCUGCACACCAGUGAACUCGGUGUUGGUGAACCAGUUCUUCGACAGGUACCUGUCCUCAGCGAGUGGCAUAAGCCUGACCGGAAUCACGCUGGCCUCCUUUGUUUUCCCACCCGUGGUCACGCUCCUUCUCGAAACGUACGGUCUCCGAGGUACAUUCCUGAUUAUCAGCGGCCUCAGCCUUCACGCCGUUGCUGGAGCCCUUUUGACACGGCCUCCACCCUGGAUGUUCAAACGACGGCGAUCCGAAAGCCUGCCCCUCGCCAACGGCGAUUCCGACAAACUUCACGAGAAACACAGCGAAGAUACUUUCAAGAGCUCUACCAUCGUGGAUGAAGAAACGACCUCGUCCAAACUUGGGAGCAUGGUUUCGGUAGCCUUGGACGCGACAGCCGCUCAAGUCGUGGCGCUUGCCGACCACGACUCCGACGAAGAAACAGAGAAGAAAGCCUCGAAAAACAACGACGAAAUUGUAAUCUACGAGAUGCAGCGCCGCGACCGAAGUCCCGUGUCAGUCGACGGUAGUGACCCCCGAGGUCAUCUGUGCUCCAACUUCCGGUGCCUAAGGGGUCCCUGGAUGAAAAAGGUCCGGUUCUUCAAGAAACCCUUCUACUAUAUAAUCACGGUGCACUGGAUCAGCUCCAGCUACGUGAACUUCUGUUUCCUGGUAAGCCUGGGACCUUGCACUCAGCAUUGGUGUGGACUCCGUCAGCGUCUAUGGUUCUCCGCGUACUCUGUCGGGGACCUCGCUGGCAGACUGCUUUCCGGGUGGAUCUCGGACAAGAGGUUUCUCAGCAGGCCGAGCGUGAUGAUGCUGAACUGCGGCGUCCUCAGUGUCGUGCUCUUCCUAGUGCCCCACUGCAACACUUAUCCCUCGCUGGUGCUGGCGAGCGUGGCUGUGGGCUGGUGCGUCGGCAGCUGUGUCAUCCUCUUCACGGUGCUACUCGGUGCAGUGGCUGGGCUGGAGAACCUUUCGCUCGCCAUUGGAGUGACCACUUUCUUCCUCGGCAUUGCCACUCUUGCCAGGCCCACCAUGAUUGCACAUUUUAGGGACACGAAAGGGAGCUACGACGGUCUGUACAACCUGCACGGAGCUGUGUAUGGAAUGCUCUUCGUGGCUUAUGCCUCCAGAUUCUGCUACCAAAGAUUUUCUUCAAGAAGGCUAAAGUCUUGAACAGGUUACUAAUUUCAGAAUCAGAGCUCAACAUCCUGCGAACUUUUACAUAAAGAUUCGGUUUAAAGUAAUGGGCGCAAGAAAUACGAGAUAAAGUGAAUUUAGUGUGAGUAAGACCAUUCUCAUGUCCUUUAUUUCUGAGAAAUUUCAGCUUACGUUGGCACGGAGAAAAGGUGUAUCUUUUAAAUCAACAGGUUUAUGCUAUAUGCAAACCGACCUUGAAUACCAGAAAUAUGUAUCGUUACAAACAGGUCCGCAAAAGCACGUAAGUGCUGGUGGGUAGACUUCGGGGCAAGCUGCCUGAGGUCUGAUCACUAUCCUUUAUUCAGAACCAAUCAGAGCUCGGCGUUCUCGCGUCACCGCAACCCUUGCAAAAGAAGCAGACGAACUUGCGUUUCGCAUAACCCACGGAUUAGGAAGAAAUCCUUAACCUGAUUAAUGGUCUUAAAAACAGUACUGCUGCAAGGGAGAACGGCCUCAAAUCAGGACCAAUUAAGCAUAUUUCUAUACUAAUAUCCACUCCGCCAACACAGAUAUUCAACGUGUCAUUAUUAGCAGGUAGCAAGCCGAAUGAAAGUAGCGCGAGUUUGCGUUAUACACAAGGGUGGUGCACAAAACGUCUUCAAUAAUUACAGACAAAUCUCUGUAUUACCCGUUUUUCUAAAUUAUUAUAACAAAUAUAAAUAGCAGACUAACUAGUUUUUUUACAAAACACAAAAUAAUUUCAGAACAGCAGUUCGAAUUUCAAAGGAAUAAAUCGACGGAAAUGGCACUUCUAAAUAUGAAAGAGAAGAUUAUAACCAAUAUAGAAAAUAAGCAAUAUACAAUCGGAAUAUUUCUUGACUUUCAAAAAGCCUUCGACUCAAUUAAACACAAAUUACUGUUAACAAAGCUGAGUACCUAUGGUGUAAAGGGCAAAGCGCUAGAGUUUAUAUGCGGUUACUUGAGCUGUCGUUCACAAUUUACCGUCUAUAACGGUGUUCGGUCUGAUAUUCAACAGAUCGCAUAUAAUGUCCCACAAUGAUUCAUUCGAGGACCAUUAUUGUUUCUUGUUUAUAUUAAUGAUACUGCACAUAUCUCGCAUUUUGCGGACAUGGUAUUAUUUGCUGACGACUCCAAUGUUUUAUUUUCUCACAGUGACCUCAGACAUCUCGAAAGUGUAUCAAAUGAUUGGUUAAAUAAACGAUCCACUUGGCUAGCGAGAAACCAUACUGAAUUGAAUUUUUUAAAACUAAAUAUAUUAUUUUCAGGGCAAAAAAACAAGGCGCUUAUUUAUGACAUCGAUAUAAAAUUUCAUUCAAACAAAUUUGAGAAGGCGGAAUCCAUGAAGUUCUUGGGUAUAUGGUUUCACGAGAAUUUGCACUGGACAAUUCAUGUAUCUAAACUAUGUUUGACCCUCUCCCGAUCAAUCGGCAUAUUACAUAAACUAACACUCGUACACCAACAUGGCUUAAGCGCCAACUAUACUGUGCACCCACUUGCGCACUCUCACCUACUUUGCUGCUCAUUGGUUUGGGGAACGACAUCAAAAAGCAGCCUUGCAAAAUUUUUAGUACAAAAAAAAAAAA